GCGAAGUUUCUGCCCCCAGUUGCUCACGCUGGAGGUUCUGCCUACACGCAGCUAGGCAGAGAGACGAGAGGAAAGAGAGAGAGAGAUAGAUAGAUAGAGGGAGAGGAAGAGAGAAAGAGAGAGACAGGCAGGCUGAGGCAGUAGAAGCUACAGUGUCGUUAUUAUUAUCAGCUCGGGCGAGUUGUUCAGAGUGUCGAGUGUUCAGCAGCAGCAGCAGCUUCUCUACCUACCAGCCUCACUUACAGUCAGUAUGGAUCACCACCACCAACACCAUCACCAUCACCAGCACUAUGAUGGAGAUGAGAACGACUACAUGCAGCAGGAGGACGACUGGGACAGGGACAUGCUCCUGGACCCAGCCUGGGAGAAACAGCAGAGGAAGACGUUUACAGCCUGGUGCAACUCUCACCUGCGGAAAGCCGGGACUCAGAUCGAGAACAUUGAGGAGGAUUUCAGAGAUGGACUCAAACUCAUGCUGCUCCUAGAGGUUAUCUCAGGAGAGCGUCUGGCUAAGCCUGAGAGAGGGAAGAUGAGGGUCCAUAAAAUAUCAAAUGUGAACAAAGCUCUCAAUUUCAUCACCAGCAAAGGAGUCAAACUGGUGUCUAUUGGAGCAGAAGAAAUUGUUGACGGAAAUGCUAAGAUGACUCUGGGAAUGAUCUGGACCAUCAUCCUCCGCUUUGCCAUCCAGGACAUUUCAGUAGAAGAAACUUCAGCUAAGGAGGGGCUGCUGCUGUGGUGCCAGAGAAAAACAGCACCCUACAAGAACGUCAACAUCCAGAACUUCCAUAUCAGCUGGAAGGAUGGCUUGGGGUUUUGUGCGCUCAUCCACAGACACCGUCCAGAACUCAUUGAUUACGGCAAACUGCGAAAGGAUGACCCCAUGACUAACCUCAACACGGCGUUUGACGUAGCAGAGAAAUACCUGGACAUCCCCAAGAUGCUGGACGCAGAGGAUAUCGUUAGUACGUUGCGUUCCGAUGAGAAGGCCAUCAUGACCUAUGUGUCGUGUUACUACCAUGCUUUUUCAGGCAAGCAGAAGGCAGAGACGGCAGCCAAUCGGAUCUGCAAGGUUCUGGCUGUCAAUCAGGAGAACGAGCAGCUGAUGGAGGACUAUGAAAAACUGGCCAGUGAUCUGUUGGAGUGGAUCAGGAGAACCAUCCCGUGGUUGGAGAACCGUGUUCCUGAGAGCACCAUGCAGGCCAUGCAGCAGAAGCUGGAGGAUUUCCGGGAUUACCGCCGGCAGCACAAACCGCCCAAAGUUCAGGAGAAGUGUCAGCUGGAGAUCAACUUCAACACCCUGCAGACCAAACUGCGCCUCAGCAACCGGCCCGCGUUCAUGCCCUCUGAGGGGAAGAUGGUGUCGGAUAUCUCUAAUGCAUGGGGAGCACUGGAGGGAGCAGAGAAAGGCUAUGAGGAGUGGCUGCUGAAUGAAAUCCGCAGACUAGAGAGACUCGAUCACCUGGCUGAGAAAUUCCGCCAGAAAGCAGCUAUUCACGAGGCCUGGACUGAGGGUAAGGAGGCAAUGCUGACGCAGAAGGAUUACGAGACGGUGACUCUGUCGGAGAUUAAAGCUCUGCUGAAGAAACACGAGGCCUUUGAAAGUGACCUCGCCGCCCACCAGGACCGGGUGGAGCAAAUCGCUGCCAUCGCACAGGAGCUCAAUGAGUUGGAGUAUUAUGACUCGCCCAGUGUGAACGCUCGCUGCCAGAAGAUCUGUGACCAGUGGGACGCUCUUGGAGCUCUGACCCAGAAACGCAGUGAGGCCUUACAGAGAACUGAGAAGCUGCUGGAGACGAUUGACCAGCUGUACCUGGAGUUUGCCAAGAGGGCGGCGCCAUUCAACAACUGGAUGGAAGGAGCCAUGGAGGACCUGCAGGACACUUUCAUCGUCCACACUAUUGAGGAGAUCCAGGGUCUGAGCACAGCUCACGAACAGUUUAAAGCCACACUCCCGGAGGCGGAUAAGGAGCGUCAGGCUAUUCUGGGGAUCCACAACGAGAUCGCUAAAAUCGUGCAGACGUACCACGUUAACAUGGCUGGAACCAACCCCUACACCACCAUCAAUCCCACAGAGAUAAACGCCAAGUGGGACAAGGUAAGGCAGCUGGUUCCUCAGAGAGAUCAGGCUCUAAUUGAGGAACACGCACGGCAGCAGAACAACGAACGGCUGCGACGGCAGUUUGCUAACCAGGCUAACGUUAUCGGACCAUGGAUCCAGACCAAGAUGGAGGAAAUCGGCCGUAUCUCCAUUGAACUGCACGGCACUCUGGAGGAUCAGCUGACCAACCUGCGGCAGUAUGAGAAGAGCAUCGUUAACUACAAACCAAAAAUAGACCAGCUGGAAGGAGACCACCAGCAGAUCCAGGAGGCCCUAAUAUUCGACAAUAAACACACCAACUACACCAUGGAGCAUAUCCGCGUGGGCUGGGAGCAGCUACUGACCACCAUCGCCCGGACCAUCAACGAGAUCGAGAACCAGAUCCUCACCCGAGACGCCAAGGGCAUCAGCCAAGAGCAGCUCAGCGAGUUCAGAGCUUCAUUUAACCACUUUGACCGGGACCACUCAGGCACUCUGGGCGCUGAGGAGUUUAAAGCGUGCCUCAUCAGCCUGGGCUUCGAUAUCGGCAACGACGCUCAGAAGAGAACAGGCUUGAUGGAUGGUGAAGAUUUCCGCACCUGCCUGAUCUCCAUGGGUUAUAAUAUGGGCGAGGCGGAGUUCGCUCGGAUAAUGAGCAUUGUGGAUCCCAACAGACUCGGGGUCGUGACCUUCCAGGCGUUCAUCGACUUCAUGUCUCGUGAAACCGCAGACACGGACACUGCCGACCAAGUCAUGGCCUCCUUCAAAGUGCUUGCUGGAGACAAGAAUUACAUCCUGGCAGAUGAGCUGAGGCGCGAGCUUCCUCCGGACCAGGCGGAUUACUGCAUCAGCCGCAUGGCGCCGUACACCGGCCCCGACGCCGUCCCGGGAGCGCUCGACUACAUGUCCUUCUCCACCGCCCUGUAUGGAGAGAGUGACCUCUGAAUCCCGACCUGUGACCCCAGAGUCUGCCUGCCUUCUCCUGAUCCUGAUCUCUCGCACACACACACACACACAUUCUCACACACACAAACAACCUCUGCUCUGCGGCCACUGAGCCGAAGUGACCCAGCCACACUGAUCUAAAGCUAACGGUAACCAUGGCAGCAGCAAAGCUGAUAUGCUGAAUAAGUUGAAGCAGAAUGGUUGAAAAGUAGACACCUACCUGGUAGCUAUGUUCACUAGGGGUGGGAAUAAAGAAUUAAUAUUGCAAUAAAUCAUAUUGUUUUGAUCGCAUUGUAUCGAUACGUGGCAUCAAAUAAAGCUAUAAACUCCUCUCACUAAGACUUACUGAAGUAAAAUAAACCAAUAAUUCUUGGUAUUUGCUUUUUUCCAGAGUAUUUGAUCAGUUUCAGUAAAACAGUGAAUGAUGUAAAGUAUCACAGAGAAUUAUAUAUCGAUUUAUAUAUCUAUUACUACAGAAUCAUAGUACCAUGAUAAAUUAUAUUGUAAGAUGCCCUGUGAUUCCCACCCCUACUGCUCACUGGUUAUUGCAUAGCUCACUUGCCCUCAGUUCUGUCCCAUCAGUGCAACAGUACCAGUACUUUCCACAUGUAGCCUGCGCUGGUGGUCCUGCGCUGGUGGUCCUUUGGUGAUGGUCCUGCGGUCAUUUUGGGCCACUUCAUCAGAAACCCCAUCCUUCUAUCACCGUCUUGCUGGUGUACUGUUACAGACUGUUAAUCGUCCUAUAGUCCAUCCAUAGUUUAUUAUUGGUGUUCUGCUUCUGACCACAGAUCUGCUCCUGUACAGGUACCUUUGGCAAGUGGACCUGCUCUCAGUCUAGCACACGCAGCAGUGACACAUACACGUGAACAGUCCUUUUGGUAGGUGUUUCCAAUAACGUGGCCACUCACUGAUAUGUGUCACAUAUCAAUUGACAUCAUAUUUAACUAGACAGCAGCAUCAAAGUAGCUCUGAAUCUCUGCCAUGGUUAAGAACCGUUGCCUCUGUAUGGCAGGCUGGUCACUUUGAGCUCAGCAGGCCGGAGCAGCUCCUACCAGCAUGGCUCAAAGAUGCUCGAUCCGUUUUUUGUACGCUCCUCUUUACCCCUCUCUCUGCUGCCUGUGAGUGUGUGCGAGUGUGAGUGUGUGCGAGUGUGUGUGAGUGUUUGUUGUGUCAUAUACCGACUUCUUGCUCUGUCCCUUUUCUCGCUUCUGCAGCACUGAAAAGCUUCCUCAGCUUUUAUACACGGAGAGAAAGAUAGCGAAAGAGAGAGAUAGAGAGAAAGAGAGAGAUGGAGAAAGAGUAUCUUCUGUUUUUACUUCAUGUUUUGUUUUUUGUUUUUUCUCUUCAUAAGAAAUAAAAGUUAACAUAUUUUAUUAUACAGAACAAAAAAGGUAUUUUUCUUCACCUGGUUAAAAAAUUAAAAAAAAAUCAAGAAAAAAAUAAAUAAAUGAGGAAAAUUGCA